ACCUACACCAGAAUAGACUUUACUAUCACAUGCUGAGUGACCUACUUUGUCGACAUCAUAGGCGGAUUGUUACGUCUUGUAACCCGGCGAACUACUUUUACGUAGACCUACCAAACAGGAACUACAAAAUUCUAUAAGACGUCUUUGGUACCUGACAAAAUGGCCGAGGAAAGUGAUUCGACGCGUGUUCAAGGCUUGCCAACCUUCAUGACAAAGUCUUCCCUCGAAGCUUACGGCUGGAGAGUUCUAGUGGUUCCAGGGGAAGACUCCCACUAAUACAGUUGGAGAGAACCCGGAAGUUUCAUAUCAGAGACGACGAUGUUCUUUUGGUGGCGUAUCCCAAAUGUGGGACACAUUGGCUAUGGGAGGUAACUCACAUGUUACUUCACCAGACGACUGAACACGAGAAAAGAUCCAAAGCUCAAGUCAUGCUGGAAUCUCCUGGUGGCCUUGAUAGAGCGGACAAAGAACCUUCUCCAAGAAUUCUCAACUCCCACAAUGUCAUCGCCCACCUUCCUCAGGAGCUCAUUGCCAAGAAGACAAAAAUCAUUCACGUGAUCAGAAAUCCAAAAGAUGCUCUUGUUUCACUCUACUGGCAUUCAAAAACUAUAGCUGGAGACGAUCUGUCAUUUUCAGCGCUGUUGGAAGCAGUCAUGGGGGAUAAUUUAAACUGGCCAUCUCAAUUUGACUAUUUGCAACAGAUAUCUGAGUUUGAAGACACUCACCCAGGUCAUCCAAUCAAACACGUUUACUACGAGGAGAUGAAGAAGGACUGCGUCAAGACCAUCAAAGAACUGGCAGAAUUUCUGAAUGUCCCAGCAAGUGACGAGUUCUAUCGAAAUGUAACCAGCGCCUGCAGCUUUGAACGCAUGACGAAAAUAGAGGAAGAACAUGGAAAACAGUAUCCUGAAGAAAUUGACGCUGCCAUGAAACAAAUGAACAAAGAAUUCAAAAUAUUCAGAAAAGGAACGAUCGGUGAUUGGAGGAACCACUUCACAGUUGCCCAGAAUGAGCGGUUUGAGGAAUACAUUACUGCAGAGACGACUAAUAAACAACUCAAAUUUAAGUUUAUUUAUGAAUAGGACUUGAACAAGAAAUCACUAAAUAAAAUUAUAUGAAUACCAUACAUUUGUAAGAAAGCAAAGAUACUUUAAGAAUGUGUUUGUUUUUUUUUUUAACUAGAAUCACUUUGGGUUCAGUAUAAAUAAAAGUAAUAAAUAUGUUA